GUUAUAUAUGAAGAGCCCAUAAAGUGUUUUGGUUUAAAAGUCCAACAAUUAUCACCAAAAAGAUCUGUCUUUGGGAUCAGUUAUUGAGUGCAUAUCUGAGUACAAACUACUCGCUAACAACACAUCCAACACAACACCACUCAUGGGUUCCCUAAGAAUACUCGUCGGUUGCAAAAGAGUCAUCGAUUACGCCGUCCGGAUUCGUGUCAAACCCGAUAAGAAGGGAGUGAUCACCGAUGGGAUCAAGCAUUCGCUCAACCCUUUCGACGAGAUCGCCGUCGAAGAGGCCGUACGGCUGAAGGAGAAGAAGUUGGCCGCAGAUAUCUGUGCCGUGAGUAUCGGUCCGCAGGCGUGUCAGGAGACGCUGCGGACGGCGCUGGCGAUGGGCGCCGAUCGAGCCAUUCAUGUGGAAGUGGACGACAAGACCUAUCAAACGCUGCAACCGAUACACGUGUCGAAGAUAUUGGCCAAACUCGCGGCCGACGAGAAGAUAGAUCUGGUGAUUGUCGGCAAACAGGCCAUCGAUGACGACAGCAACUCUACCGCACAGAUGACGGCGGCGUUCUUGGGUUGGCCGCAGGCGACCAACGCGUCCAAAGUGGAACCGGACGGCGCCGGCAGUGUGACUGUCACUCGCGAAGUGGACGGCGGACUCGAGACCAUCAAAUGCAAGACACCGGCGGUCGUCAGCGCCGACCUUCGCCUCAACGAACCCCGUUAUGCAACGCUUCCCAAUAUAAUGAAAGCGAAGAAGAAGGCCAUCGACAAGAAGAAGCCGUCGGAUCUGGGCGUCGAUGUGAGCCCUCGUAUUGAGAUACUGUCGGUUGAAGAGCCGCCAAAACGCGAGUCCGGAGCCAAAGUGGAGUCAGUGGACGACUUGUUGACCAAAUUGAAAGGAUUGGGAAGAAUUUAAAUACUGUUUUAAUAAUAAUUUGUAUACCUUUUUAUAACUCAAAUACAAGUUUUCUGAUUGUUAUAAACAUUGAUUGAAAUAUUUUGUUAGUAUUUUUGAU